AUGGAGUUCAUCAUGGACGAUUACACGCUCAACGCCACAUACCUGGUUCCGUACAUGCCACCAACGGCCGCCGAGUGGGAGGCCUUACGUCCGUUGGUCAUCGAUCUAUACGUCACAAGGCAGAAGACUGCACGUCAGAUCGUUGAAGAGUUGCGGCAACAUGGCUUCCUGGUAACGGAGAAGAUGCUCCGCGAUAGGUUGAGACAAUAUGGCGUCCGGAAGAAUCAGUUGAAGAACCGAAGCUCGGACAAUGUCGUAUCCCCAUGCCAGGGGGCAGGACCGAGCGCAGGUUACGGUGAUUGA